AUGCAACAGAAAAAAUCAGAUUCUCUACCGAUCACAGUGAAUCAGGAAGAGAUGAAGAGUAAUCCAAACACCGAUAGCAGCUUAACCAGAGAACCAACAGAAGAGACCAAGCUAAAACACAAACGAAAAUACAAAGAAACAUGUAAGAAAUUGUUAGAUUUUCUUAAUAGCAGGAAACGUGGUAAAAAAAACAGAAUUCCGAAAAGAAAAUGA